AUGGCCGACAGGAACAACAAAAUACUCCAGGGAGGUACCACCCGUAAAUCGGGUGGAGAAUCCUCCACCGUCGCACCGGGUAAGCCGGGGGCGGUCAGCCCCGUGUAUCUGGAGGGGGCAACUGAGGCCAGAGGAGUGGGAGUGAAGGGAAGAGGAGAGAUGAAAGUGGUGAUGAUGAGGGACGUGGAGUUAGAUCGGAGGAGUCGAAGUGAGUGUGACGAGGCGGAGUACUACAUGGAGCGCUCUGACUCGUCACUCUCACUAUACUCAGAGGACGGCGCUGCGGUAGGAAGCGAGCCCAGCACAUCUCGGGCUUCGCUGCGCAAACGGAGAAUGAUUGAGGUGGAAGUUUACCCGGAUAUGACAUUCGAUGAGGAGGUGGAGGUCGUGGAAGUGGUCGCGACCCCAAAGCCAAGGCCUAAACAAAGGCCACCACCGAAAGACCUGGAUUUGGAACAGGCGAAGGCCGAAUUGGCCGCCGCCACUCGAAGGGAAUUGGAAACGGAGGCAGCAACCGUAGUGAAGAAGGCGAGUGCUCCGAAACCGCCGGCGCGCCCUACCACCCGCAGACCCUCAGCUGAGGAUGCGCAGCGCGCCGACGUGUUGGUAUCGGAUAUACAGGAGAGUGCCCUCAAGGUAUUAGAUGCCGUGAGGAAAUCCGGCCACUUGAAGGGCACAGUGGUGAAAGAAAUUAAGGACGCCGUCGCUUCCAUCCGCGCGGCGUCUGAAUCGCUGGAAGGGAGGACCUCGUCAACGGAGUGCGCAGCAUUGCGUCGUGAGAACUCUCGGUUGGCACGCGACAUGGCAGACAUGCGCGAACUAAUGACGGGCAUCAGGGAGGAAUCCGCGAAAUAUUACAUAGAAUUAAGGGACCUCAAAAAGAAAACCAUGGGGUCCACCGGCCAGGACGCGAGCGAGCUGGCGAUACUUAAGGCCGAGAGGGAGGAGUGGCAGCGGGAGAUUGUUGCGACCCGGAAUUCCUAUCAGGAAUUACUGCAAAGGAGUACGGAGGACCGUAUGGCGCUCACUACGCUGCAGACGGAACUGGCUACAGCCAAAGCUGCACUGGCGAAACCGCCGGACAGUGCGGCAAUGGAUGUGGCCUCCGACAGUCAAGGUGCUGAACCGUGUGUACCACCGGUGAUCACCGAGACUGUCGAAGCUAGGAUUGUCCGUCAAAUCGGGGAUAUCUUUAAUGCCCGAUUUGAGAAAAUUGAGGAACUCGUGGGCAGGCAGAACACCUCGCCGCCCAAACGGGCCACGGCUGCACCCCGAACACCUGGGGCGGUCAAAAAGGGAGGGACAGCGGCUCCAAUAGCCAGCACAAGUGGGGCAGUAGUGAGCGCUUCUCAGCCGCCGCCUGCGACCAAGGAAAAGUGGACGACGGUCGUCCGCCGUGGAAAGAGCGCCAAAACGGCGAGGAGCCAGGAGUCGGCUCCAGCUAUACAGGCGCCUACUGGUGGGGGUAAACCAACCCAAAAGCAGGCUACAACAGAGGCCCAGAAUGAGGCCACCAAAAGGGUUAAGGCACGGAAGAGACAAUUCCGUCCUCCGCGAUCCUCGGCGAUAGUGCUGACGCUGCAGCCAGGAGCCGCGGAGGCGGGAUCAAGCUACACCUCGGUGCUCCGAGAGGCCCAACAGAAGAUCCAGUUGGACGCCCUCGGAAUCACCGAGCUGGGCUUCAGGCUGGCUAUAACAGGGUCCCGUAUACUAGAAGUACCGGGACCAGUAGAGGAAAGCGGCGGGAAGGCAGACGCCCUCGCCGCUAAACUGUCGGAGGUGCUCCCGGCAGAUGUAGUUGCCGUCACCAGGCCGGUCAAGUCCGCGGAGUUCCGCGUCUUGGACCUGGACGACGCCACAACAGUAGCAGACGUGGUGGCAGCCGUAGCGCGUGAGGGAGACUGCGCCGAGGCCUCCGUAAAAACGGGGGAAAUCCGGCGCUCUCCCUCCGGGAGUGGCUCCGUCUGGGUCCGAGGCCCAAUAGGGGCAGUGAAGAAGCUGGUGGACGCCGGCAAACUUCGAGUAGGGUGGACUAUGGCACGGGUGCGGUCUUUGGAUCCCCGGCCGAUGCGGUGUUACCGCUGUUUGCUCACGGGUCACGUGGGCCAGCGGUGCACCGCCAAGGAGAACCGCGGCGGAGCCUGCUUCCGCUGCGGACAAGACGGCCACAAGGCCGCAUCGUGCACCGCCCCUUCGCCGCAUUGCCCGUAUUGUGCGGCGGCGAAGAGGAAGGCGGACCACAAGAUUGGGAGCACCAAAGGGUGCCGUCCGCCCAAACAGGCGGUGAGAGUGGAGGAGAUGGAUGCUGAGGAGCAGCGUCCGUCACCUCCCACCACGGGCCUCGCGGCAGCUGAUGCGGGGGCGUCAGCUGUCACCUAA